CCCUUCCUACCUAAUCCGUCACACAGCUCACUGGCCCACCCUUUGCUUCUGUGCCACGACGAGCUCACAUCGGGAGAGAAUGAGGGCCGCGUCGUCCCCCGUCCUCGCCGCCCCCUCUGCCGCCGUCGUCGUAAAGCCACUGCCUCGUGCCGCAGCGACGGCCGCGAGUGGCGGCAGCACCGGCAGGCGCGACGUGCUCGCGGGGACCGGCCUGGGCGCGGCGCUGGCGCUGGUCCUUGCUGCGGCGCCGGCGCGCGCGGCGGACGAGGAGUACGUCAGCGAGACGAAGGAGGUGAUCGGGAAGGUACGGUCGACGAUCAGCAUGGACAAGGCGGACCCGAACGUGGCGGACGCGGUGGCGGAGCUCCGGGAGCUGUCCAACUCGUGGGUGGCCAAGUACCGGCGGGAGAAGUCGCUGCUGGGGCGGCCGUCGUUCCGGGAGAUGUACUCGGCGCUCAACGCCGUGUCGGGCCACUACAUCAGCUUCGGCCCCACGGCGCCCAUCCCGGCCAAGCGCCGCGCCCGCAUCCUCGAGGAGAUGGACACCGCCGAGAAGGCGCUCCUCCGCGGCAGGUGAGGUGAAAUCCGUCCAGUGAAGCGAGACCCAGCGCCGCGCGCGGUGAAUUUCUGGCAGGAACGCGCGUGCGCUGUUGCAAAACCGAUGCCUCUUUUUUUGUAACUAUCGCCAUGCAUGUAUAUCGACCGGAUGGAGCGUGUCAUGUCAUGUGUGUCGAAUUGCUCGGAGUUUGAGGCUGAGCUUUGUGACUUUAUUUCACUCACUUCUUGUAUCGAUCCUGUAAGACUUUGUCCAUCGGCUACCUUGCUGGCAUCGUGAGAAUACUAUUUGGACCGGGACUUGUCCAUCGGCUGUCCCGGCGGCUGCCAUUCUCGGUUCUUAUUUUCGUUUUCA